UAUUGGGACUUCAAUUAUUUUUCCGCACCAUUACAAUAUUUCCUCGCACUAGAAAGCGGUGGGUUCGGAACGCGAGUUGCCAUUUGGGUCUGUAUUUGGGUCGAUCGAUACAGCGGCUGCCAUCUUGUGAGGAAGGAAAGAAACGACGAAGAGCGAAGCGUCGGAUGCAAGGGUCCCCAAGUUUAAACUUUGAUUUUUAAACGCGUGACGAGACUUUAACCGCCCCCCGAAAAGGGGUUGAAUUUUUCCUUGAGACUGGCUUUUCUUUGCUACGAUCAUGGGUUCAUCACAGCAGUUUUCACUACGAUGGAACAAUUACCUUCAUCACAUCACUAGUGCCUUUGACUCGUUACGAUCUGAUUUAGAUCUUGUAGAUGUGACACUAAGCUGUGAAGGUAAAAAAAUUAAAGCUCAUAAGAUGCUUUUAUCAGCAUGCAGUUCAUAUUUCAAAGACUUAUUUAAGGAAAAUCCCUGCCAGCAUCCUGUCAUAGUGUUCCGUAAUGUUAACUUCUCUGACUUAGAAGCACUGAUAGACUUUAUGUAUCAAGGUGAAGUUAAUGUUGUGCAAGAGCAGUUAGCCUCAUUCCUCACCACAGCCGAGCUGUUGGCUGUUCAAGGGUUAACCGAUGGGAACGCAAAAGAUUUGACUGAAAACCUUGAAGAGGAAAACUCGGAACCCACUGAAGAAACUGUGACUGAAAUAGACGCUCAUACACUAAAACGUACCAACAGCUCUACUAAUAAUACCACUUUUAAUACUCCUAAUUUAAGUCCUGCAUCACCUCAGGCUAAAAGAAAGAAGUGGAGUGCCCCAGCAACAGCCUCUGCUGCCUCUGCUACAAGUCAUAAGUCAAGAAAUAGUAGUAAUGAAACUAAACAAUUAUCUCGAACUAGUUUAAGCAGUGGUGUAAAUUCUGUGGACAUUAUUCCUGUUCUGCCACAAGUCAAAGUAGAAAUGCCGGACUUUUUAGAAGCUGAUUCAGAUCAGAUUAGUUUUAAUAAUUCAGAGCCAGUGGAGAAUCCUUUAGAAGACAUAUCAAGUCUAGAACAUAAUUUAUCAGCAGCCGUUGGAAGCAGUAAAGAAGAGUCAUUAGAUGUUUAUGGAGGCAAUUCAAGUGACACGGGUGAAAUAACUGGGGAGCAGAUGACACCAGCAGAAUUAAGCCAAGUCCUAGCCAAAGCCGGUCCAUCCAGUGAGGGUUCACAGGAUUCACUACAGGCGCGCACGCAGCGACGCCCCGCGCGGCCCUUCGUGAUCAAGGUGCGGCCCGCCGAGGACGAGGCCCGGCAGCCCCGGCAGCCGCCGGCCCGGCGCCCCCCCAUCCCGGUCAGGAAGCGGUCCUCCGAGAACGAGGCCCGGCGGCUGCAGGUGCGCCUGUCCCGCCUGUCGCCCGGCCUCGAGCCGCCCGCCCCGCCCGGCCCCGCCCGCGACCCGCUGGAGCUGCCGCCGCCGCCGUCGCCGUCCAGCUCGGCCCACUCGUGCGAGGUGUGCGGCAAGCAGUACGGCCACCCCAUGUCGCUCAUCCAGCACCGGAAGAUCCACCUGGGCUCCACCACCUGCUCCGUGUGCCACAAGGUGCUCAACCGGACGCACGACCUCAAGAUCCACAUGGCGCUCAAGCACGGCGCCAUCGGCGGCAAGGUCCCCGCCGCCCAGGCCCAGGACGCCGUCAAGGACACGGGGGCCGCCCAGGGGGGCGCCCAGCAGCGUGCGGCUCAGGGGAGCAGCACCCCCGGCGGCGCUCAACGGGCAGCCCAGGGGGUCGCCCGAUAGAAGUACUCUACUCGAGCACGGCGCCGUUUGCAACCAGUGCGCCGCCAAGGACACUGCCCAGCCCAGGGCGGCACUCGGGGAGCACCCAGGGGGGCACGGGGGCACCCGGUAGGAGUACGCUACUCAAGCGGCGGUUUUAUUGUAACAUAUUACUCAAUGUUUUCGUUUCUCGACGGUCCGCCUGCUUUUUGUUGUUUUUGUUUCAUUUUCAUCUCCCAUCUCGUACAGUGUGUGGGAUGGGUGGUUCCGUAUGUUUGCCACAGCAGCAUCUUUUCGUUGGGUUUCUAUUGAACGAGGACUUCGCCCCUCCUCUCUCUCUCCUCUCUUGUCACUCCUGUCCACAUAAUCUUCCUACCCGCCCAGGGCCCAGCCGCCGUCGAGCGGGCUGCCAAAAGGAGAAUGAAAACAAUAUAAAUAUGUGCUUUCCCGAUUCCUCUAAAAAGAAAUAUCUAAAACGAAAAAUUUAAGAAUGAGAAAAAAAACAACAAACUAACUGUGGCCUGUGGUCUGCUUGUUU